CCACCGCCCAAAAAGAGAAAUUUUUAGUCUCUCAGUUUUCGAAUUUGACCUCUUGAAGAGGAAAGUUUCUGAAAAAUAGAGAGAUAGUUCAUUAAUCUUUAAUCUUCACCAAAGAUUUGAAGCCCCAAUGCUUCGAUUUUGAUUGUUUGACGCGAAAAUGGAAACCCCUUCAUCGGAGGAGCUUUUGAGGAAGAUCCAAGUACUGGAAGCUGGGCAUGCACAUCUCAAGCAAGAAAUCUCGACAUUGAAACAAUCCGGUGGCGACUCGAAGCCGAGUUCAACUCAUCAAAGAUCCCACUCUACUUCCCCUCGACGGCCGCGGUUCCCGGGGAAAGCAGCCACGGAUGCUGCUUGGAAGAAAGGGUCGGCUUCCUAUAGACAUUCGUCUCCCUUGCAAAGGGAGAGCAGAAACAAAGGCAACCUUAAUGGCGGCGGCGGCGGCGGAGGACGAGCUCUUGAAAGAACCGGGAGCUUUGGGCACAGCCAGUAUUUAAAUAUCUUUCUGUCUCUGGGACAAGCUGUUCAUAUAUUUGAUCUUAGUGGCCAUAUUAUUUAUUGGAGUCAACUUGCUGAAAAACUUUAUGGUUAUUCAGAGGCAGAGGCUUUAGGGCAAGAUGCCAUUGAGCUUCUUGUUGAUCAGAGGGAUUUCGCCAUCGCGCAUAACAUAGUUCUUCGUGUUAUGAUGGGGGAGAGUUGGACUGGGCAAUUUCCAUUUAAGAAUAAAAUGGGGGAGAGCUUUUCGGCUAAUGUAACUAAAGCUCCUUUUUACGAUGGCGAUAAUGAUGUCGAUGUCGAUGAUGGUUCUUUAGUUGGGAUCAUUUGUGUCUCCAGUGGUUCUCGACCUUUGCAAGAGAAGGAAGUUGCAAUGUCGGCUUACAUGCUACUAGAGGGAGAUUCAACCUUUAGCCGGUCUAAAAUCGCUGUCUCGUCUAAACUUGGUCUUGAUACUCAGCAACCUUUGCAACCUGCAAUUGCUUCAAAAAUAACAAAUUUGGCGUCCAGGCUGAGCAACAAAAUGAAGCCCAGAAUUAAGACGGGAAAGAAUUGUGUUGAUCGUGAAAGGGGAAAUGGAGAUAGUCAUUGUUCCGAGCGAGGUGUCUCCAUUGCAGCUCUUUCGGAUGGUAAAGAAAAUGCAGCUUUUAGUGGAGCUAGUACACCUAAGGGAGAAUUAUACCCAUCUGCCUUUGGUGUAUUUUCUCCGUGGGAUGAGAAGUCCCCAGUAAACACCUUUCGAGAUUAUGGUGACGAGCGUGAAAGCAAACCUGCAAUCCAAAAGAUUAUGACCUUAAUGGGUAAGAAAGGGAUAUCGUGGCCUUGGAAAGGGAAUGAUCGAGAAGGAUCAGAGGCAGGGACUACUCAUAUCGUAUGGCCUGGGCCAGAUAAUGAUCAAGAGAACGAGUCAUUUCUACCAAAAUGCCCAAAUUAUGGUUUAAAACCUGAAGGCCAUCUUAAUGAAGGCAACGCUCCAGUCAAUAAUGAGGCAUCGGGUUCCUGGUCAUCCUCUGUUAAUGUCAAUAGUGUCAGCAGUGUCAGCAGCUUUGGAAGCACUAGCAGUAUUGCUGUUAAUAGAGUUGACAUGGACACUGAUUCUUUCGAUUAUGAAAUCUUGUGGGAAGACUUGACAAUUGGAGAGAAAAUUGGGCAAGGUUCUUGUGGAACUGUCUAUCAUGGCCUGUGGUUUGAAUCAGAUGUUGCAAUCAAGGUAUUCUCAAAGCAGGAAUAUUCAGAAGAUGUCAUACAUGCCUUUAAACAGGAGGUAUCUCUUACGAAAAGACUUAGGCAUCCAAAUGUUCUGCUGUUCAUGGGAGUUGUUGUUUCAUCUGAACGUCUCUGCAUUGUCACAGAGUUCCUUCCACGUGGGAGCUUGUUUGACAUACUACAAAAGAAUACUACCAAAUUAGGUUGGAGACGGCGUGUUAAUAUGGCUUUGGAUAUUGCACGAGGCAUGAAUUAUCUUCACAGUUGCAAUCCGCCUAUAAUUCAUUGUGAUUUGAAGUCAUCAAAUCUUCUAGUUGAUAAGAAUUGGACUGUCAAGGUUGGCGAUUUUGGUUUGUCACGUCUCAAGCAUGAAACAUUUCUCUCAACAAUGAAUGGGAAAGGAACACCUCAAUGGAUGGCACCAGAAGUUCUUCGCAGUGAAACCUCCGACGAGAAGUCCGAUGUUUAUAGUUUCGGAGUCAUAUUAUGGGAGCUUGCCACGGAGAAGAUACCUUGGGGUAGUCACAACUCAAUGCAGUUGAUUGGAGCUGUAGGUUUCAUGAACCAACGAUUAGAGAUUCCGAAGGAACUAGACCCACGGUGGGCUUCGAUGAUCGAGAUUUGCUGGCACAGUGAUCCAGAGUGCAGGCCGACGUUCCAGGAACUACUUAACAAGCUUAGAGAUCUUCAAAGGCAAUACACUAUCCAAGUUCAGCAAGCUCGUAGCGUGGCUGAAGAAAAGGAAUCGUAAAUCAGAUGUAUGUGUUUUCAUUACGUAUUAUUUCGUUCAAGAAAGAGCUGUAGAAGAAUGGGAAUUUUUUUAACAUCUGUUGCUGUUGAAUGGUUACUGCAUCGGCAUCAAAAACUAAGGCCAUACUGUAGGGUAGUACUUGUGUCUAUGUGAGAGCAAGCAUCCUGAGUUUGAUGAUGAUCGGCUGGUUGUGAGAUGUUUGUUACAAUCCGAUGUCGGUCUUUGAAGAUCGGGCAGUGGUGCUGUGUGAAUGAGUCUCCUGUGAUUUUUAAACAUGUCAGGACGACGAAGGUCGACAUACUGCAGUCUAAGAUAGAGUGAGAUUAAUAGCUUACUUUGUUUGUUAUUAAGACACUGUAUUAAUGGGACACAAAGUAAAUCUCUGCUGCUCUCGAGAGUCCAUUCUUGUGGAUUUGGAAUACUAUUGAUUUUUUGUAUACACAAAACUCUCAGCUUG